AUGCAUCAUCCUUUGUCACUGGCUCCUUCAGCGAGGGAGACACUGUUGGUUGUCCUGCUGCAACAAUGUCUGCUUCCAGCUCCUCCUUCCUUAUCUCAUGAAUCCCAGGACUUAUUCCUUUGGAGAAAUGGUCUCGUCUACACACCAGGUCUUUUCAUGCUGAUAUUUAUCAAAAGAGCUGGCAAGAGACAUGCGACUUUGAAGAUAAUUGUUUUUCAUCUUCUUUUUUGA